AUGAAGUUUGGCAUAUUUAUGGGCCCAUUCCAUCGGGCCGGCGAAAACCCGACCCUGGCGCUUGAGCGCGACCUCGAGCUGGUGCAAUGGCUGGACUAUCUGGGGUUUGACGAGGCCUGGAUCGGCGAGCAUCACAGCGCCGGCUGGGAGAUCAUCUCCUCGCCGGAAAUUUUCAUUGGCGUAGCCGCUGACCGCACCAAGCACAUCAAACUCGGCACCGGCGUGGUCAGCCUUCCUUAUCACCACCCGUUCAUGGUCGCCAACUGGAUGACCCAACUGGACCACAUGACGCGCGGACGCGUGAUGCUGGGCGUGGGUCCCGGCGCGCUUCCCGGCGACGCCUAUAUGAUGGGCAUUGACCCCACCAAGCAGCGCCUUCGCAUGGACGAAGCCCUGGGCGUCAUCAUGCGACUGUUCACCGAGAAGGAACCGAUCACACACCAGAGCGACUGGUUCGAGUUGAACGAAGCAAUGCUCCAACUGCGGCCCUACCAGUCGCCUCACAUGCCGAUCUCCGUGGCAUCGGUGCAGACACCCUCCGGCGUGGCCCUGGCCGGCAAGCACGGCGCAUCCGUUCUGACCAUCACCACGCCGCGAGACCCGGCGGCUCCCCAGGGCAUCGACCUGCACGAACUGUGGGACAUCUGCGAGGAAUCGGCCGCCGAGCACAAUCAGACCGUGGACCGUUUCGACUGGCGACUGGUGUUGCCGGUCCACUUGGCCGACACCCGCGAGGAAGCCUUCGAGCAGGCGCGCGUCGGGGCCGGACGCUACCAGCGGGAAUACUUCGAGCACACCAUGGGCCGGCCCCCGGUCGUGGACGGUCCGGCGGACAAGAUCAUCGACGUACUGGCCGAGCGUGGCGCCUGGAUCAUCGGAACACCCGACGAUUGCAUCGAAGGGAUCAAGCGUCUCGAGGAGCGGAGCGGAGGAUUCGGCGGCUUCAUGGUCCAGACCGUGGACUGGGCGGCCCGCGAGCAUAUGCUCCACAGCUACGAGCUGAUGGCCCGUCACGUCAUGCCGCAUUUCCAAGGCAGCGCCGACGCGGCCAAGGCUUCCAACCAGUGGGCCUACGAAAGAAACGAGUCCCUGAUGGCCGGCCGCAGUCGCGCACUGGACCGCGCCCGGGAAGACUACGCCGGCCGGAACGCGUAA